AUGGAUGCCAAUACCGGAUUCCCACUAAUAGUAUCAACAAUAAGUGGUGCCAUUGGGUACUUAGCUACAUUAUGGCUGAUACCAAGAGUUUCCCAACAAUUUGUUAAAAUUGGUCUAUUUGGAAAAGAUCUUUCCAAAAGAGAUAAACCAAUUAUUCCAGAAACAAUCGGAGCUAUUCCAGCUACAAUUUUUAUUUUAAUGAUGUUUUGUGACAUCCCAAUUUUGUUUUAUAAAGAUUUGCUCUCCAUAAAAGAACCCGCAGUCGUGCAUUUCUUUCCACACCGUAAAUUGUGUGAAUUUUUAAGUGCUGUUUUAUGCUUAGAAAGUAUUCUUUUGUUAGGUAUAGCCGAUGAUUUGUUUGACUUAAGAUGGAGACACAAAUUUUUCUUACCUGCGUUUGCGGCCAUUCCACUUCUAGUUGUCUAUUAUGUUGAUUUCGGUGUGACUACAGUAACGAUUCCUCCCUUUAUUUAUAAGAUUUUUUCUACAUUCAAGCCAACCACUAGCGCUAUGAUCACCCCUUUCCCUCAGUUUAUAGAUUUGAAAUGGGGAUAUUACGCUUAUAUGGGCUGUGUUUCUAUUUUCUGUCCAAAUUCCAUUAAUAUCUUAGCAGGUGUCAAUGGUUUAGAAGUUGGCCAAACAAUAGUGUUAUGUAUCAUCUUUCUUAUCAAUGAUGGUUUAUUUUUAAUCAAUGGUAUCAAUGAGGCUUCUAAACACUCUCAUAUGAUGUCUGCUGUUCUAAUUAUUCAGUUAUUAGGUGUCUCAUUGGCAUUAUAUCACUAUAAUAAGUUUCCAGCAAAGGUAUUUGUUGGAGAUACAUUUUGUUAUUUUGCAGGCAUGGUAUUUGCCUGUUGCGGUAUUUUGGGCCAUUUCUCAAAAACAACCCUAUUAUUUUUUUUACCCCAAAUUUUCAACUUUAUUUAUAGUGUUCCCCAAUUAUUUGGGUUAGUUCCAUGUCCUAGACAUAGAAUGCCCAAAUUUAAUGAAAAUGACGGAUUAUUAUAUCCAUCUAGGGCCAAUUUAUUGAUUAAUGAAAAAGGUGAGGCAAUCAGGAUUAAGCCUAUUGCCAAAGUUAUGCUAAAAUUAUUAUACUUAUUAAGACUAAUUGAUCUCGAAUUUGAUGAGAAAAAUGGGGAGGUUAAAUCAUGUACCAACAUGACGUUGAUUAAUUUGAUUUUAGUUUGGUCCGGCCCAUUAAGGGAAGAUAAAUUAUGCCAAAGAAUUCUUUUAAUUCAGUUUAUUAUUGGUUUGUUGGCCAUUGUUACAAGACAUGUCAUUGGUGCGUUUAUUUUUAAACAUGAUAAUUUAUGGACCAUUAUAUGA